CACAUGUCCAGAUCAAUGAAGCAGAUAAUUCAGACACCUUCAUCGUCAAAAUCGGAGCAAAGCAAAGAAUUGGAGAAGAAAAUCAAACGAUCAGACAACACAGUUGAAGAAGAAAUGGAAGAAGACGAUGGUAACGUCAGUGACACCGCCGCGGCGGUAGACACCGGCAAGGCUGAUAGGUCGGUGUGGCUGAUGAAGUGUCCUCUAGUCGUCUCCAAGUCGUGGCAGUCUCAGGCGGCGGCGGCCUCCUCCUCCGCAGAUACUCCGCUAGUGGGUAAAGUCGUCGUUUCUCUCGAUCCUCUUAAGCCCGAAGAAUCUCUCCAAUUCUCAAUGGAAAUGGCUGGAAAUGAUGCUGGGAACAUCCCUAAAGGCUACUCGUUGAAUAUGUUCAAAGAUUUUGUGCCAAUGUGUAUUUUCUCAGAGUCAAAUCAAGCAAAGGUUGCCAUGGAAGGGAGAAUUGAACAUAAAUUUGACAUGAAGCCUCACACUAGGAAUAUGGAGGAAUACAGGAAAAUGUGUCGUGAAAGAACGAAUAAGUCGAUGAUUAAGAACAGACAGAUACAGAUAAUAGAUAAUGAUCGUGGUGUGCACAUGAGGUCGAUGCCUGGAAUGUUGGGCUUGAUUGCAUCUGGCUCUAAGGAGAAGAAGAAAGCAACUCCAGUUAAGGGACCCGAGGUCAAAAGAACUAGAAGGGACCGUGGAGAGCUGGAGGAUAUCAUGUUUAAGCUAUUCGAAAGACAACCUAAUUGGACCCUGAAGCAGCUAGUCCAAGAAACAGAUCAACCCGCACAAUUUUUGAAGGAGAUACUAAACGAGCUGUGUGUAUACAACAAGAGGGGAGCAAACCAAGGCACUUAUGAGCUGAAACCCGAGUAUAAGAAAUCAGCCGAGGAUACAGGUGCUGACUAGUUCUCUUCCUAGACUGUAUGUACCAAAUAGAACUUAACUUUUAUUUGGGAAUUCAUAGCAUUAGUGGUAUGCUUUUGUAUGUUACAACUCAAACAUGAUUCUGCUGUUAAUCUUGGAAAGUACAGUUCUGUAUUGAUCUUUAUAGGGUGAUGCACACCUAGUAUUCAAUACUCAAGUAGAAUUUGAUUGAA